ACACUUCCUAACUUGUCUUGCUUUACACGAAGCCUUCUACAAAGGAAGGCAACUGAGUUCAAGAGCUGCUCGCAUUUUCUUCUCUCUCGUCUUCACUCCUUCCCGAAGUAUUAGGUUUUUAGAUCUAAUAAUCUAUUCGAUAUGUUUCUCACCAGGACUGAGUAUGACCGAGGUGUCAAUACUUUCUCGCCGGAGGGGAGAUUGUUUCAGGUGGAGUAUGCAAUUGAAGCCAUCAAGCUGGGUUCAACUGCUAUUGGGAUCAAGACUAAAGAAGGCGUUGUGUUAGCUGUUGAGAAGCGAAUCACUUCUCCACUGUUGGAGCCCAGCAGUGUGGAGAAAAUUAUGGAAAUUGAUGAGCAUAUAGGAUGCGCUAUGAGUGGAUUGAUUGCUGAUGCACGUACGCUUGUUGAACAUGCAAGAGUUGAAACUCAGAACCACAGAUUCUCAUAUGGAGAACCAAUGACAGUGGAGUCUACAACACAAGCACUUUGUGAUUUAGCCCUUCGAUUUGGUGAAGGAGAUGAAGAGUCAAUGUCUCGACCGUUUGGGGUUUCUCUUCUCAUUGCUGGUCAUGAUGAGCAUGGACCCAGCUUAUACUACACGGAUCCUUCUGGCACAUUUUGGCAAUGCAAUGCAAAAGCUAUUGGUUCAGGUUCAGAAGGUGCAGACAGCUCUUUGCAAGAGCAGUAUAACAAGGUAUCUUUACUUGUUUUGUGUGCUUUCCUGCAAGUUGUGAGCCAUGGGCAGAUUCGUCAACUUGAAAAGUUAAUAAUGCCAAGAUGAGUGCUGCUGAUGAUUGGAUCUUUUUGCUGCAGGAACUAACUCUACAAGAAGCCGAGACAAUUGCUCUCUCCAUUCUGAAGCAA